AUGCUUGAGCUUGUUGCGAGCUUCUUGCCCCAGCCGUCUCUCGCUAUGAUCGCAGCCGGCCCGGGAGUGCGAUGCGCUGCGGAGCGGCGUGAUGGCGUAGGCGCGAGCAGCACUCUCAGUUUUACGGUAGAGCGAGUUCCUGCUCGCUACGCACGUGAGAGAGAUGCGUGCCUCGCACCCGUAGCUGGGGUACGAGAAGUGAUGGUGGUAACAUGUCGUGGCGCUGGCCGCAAGGAUGGUGCACAAACUGCACUGAAGGUGGGCAUGUGGUGGGUUGACCGCUGCCUCAGCAGGGCCGCCCAGCAAGCUGCUGGAGAGACAGCGGCGCUGUUUUGCUGCAUAAGGAUUGUGGACGUGGUGGUGGAGCGACUAACGCUCUACUCAAGCGAGGACUCACCGUUCUCUGGAGCUCCGUCUCUCGCGCAUAUGCUCAUGCCUCAGCAUUUCUUUGCUUUGCAGCUGUUCCGCCUUGCAGAGCUGCGUCAUGUGCAGCUCUCUCCGUCAGUGCGCCGCCUGGUCGUCGAGGUUGACGUUCGAUCGUGCCUACGCUGGUCUCAGUCCGACGUGAACGCUCUCCUCGCCAGUUUGCAGUCCCCGCUGCGUGCGGUCCGUGUAACAACGUGCUCUGUGUCUCCUGUGAAGUUGCUGAACAAGUUUCACGCCUCUCUGCGGGUGCUCUACUUGUUCCGUCGAAGAGCUGUUCACCGAGACCCAACCCAUACCCGAAUGGCCGUCAGUAUGGAAGACGAGGAGUACGAGGAUGAAGAGAGCAACAGAAGUUUGUCUGUAGCGCCUGCUGUGGAUGCGCAUGUCACGGCAUCGAGCGCGAGUGGGCUCCCUGCAGCGGCAACGGGGGCCAAACUGAUGCCACUCACCUCCAUGACGGUGACACCGCAGUCGACAUCGGCCGCCUUGACCACCGCGACCGGGACGCGAAGGCGACGGCCCGAGCACCUGCGUCUCUCUGCUGCCACCACAGCAGCACCGGCGCUUGAGGAGCUCCACGUGACCAGCUCCUCCCUGCGCUCGCUGCCGCGCUGGGUGGAGUCCUGCACGCAACUGAAGCACAUCACGCUGCGCAACUGCGCCUAUACGCGGGCGGACUCGCUACGCUCCGCCCGUGCCCUCACCACCGUCUUGCUCGAGGGGUGCCCCAACUUCGUCGGGUUUGAUUUUAUCUACGGACUCCCCGCGCUGCAGUCCGUGACAGUCAAGAACUGCGGGCUUCUGCGCGACCUCUCCUGGCUACCUCGGCUGAAGGACUCACUUCGGUCCCUGUGCAUUCAUCACCUGUCGUCGGCGUCGCUCACAGUGUUUGCGCUUGCCUCCUUUCUCGGGACGGGCCUGAGCGGGCUCGAGGAGCUGAACCUCUCGGUACCGACUCUGCAUGUAUUGCGACCAUUUGUGUCGCAAGCCGCCGCCACACUGCGCGUAUUAACGCUCUUCACGUGCAUCAACUUGAGCGGCUUUUCAGACCUCCCCGCGUUGCCGGCUCUGGAGAAGGUCGUGAUCACCGGCAACCGCCACAUGCAGAAUUUUUUGUGGCUUGCCAAGUCACCCCGCAUGGUCGAGGUGCGCGCUACACAGUGCACGCAGCUGGUGUCUCUGGCAGGGAUCGAUGCGCUGCAUCACCUGCGCCUACUCGACGUGAACGGAUGCCAGAAUCUUUGCAGCAUCGCUCCGCUCGCCAAGUGCGUCUUCCUCACGUACCUGGACGUGUCGCAGUGCCGUCUACUAAGAAGAGUAUCUGUGCUCGAAAAGCUAUCAUGCCUCCAGUGUGUGCUGAUGCGCAACUGCACGUCGCUGGCGAAGGACUUUGGGUGGGCAGAGGCCUGCCCAAAGCUGGUGGAGAUAAUGGUGCCUGGAUCAGCUUGGGUCGAGCCAGCGAGGAGCGCGCUGUGUCGCUUCGGCCGCCGUCACGUAGUCCUUCGUUGA